AUGUCGUUUCGCGGUGACGAUCAGCGGAGAUACGGCCAUGUGCCGCCCGUCCAGUACCCAGUCGCCGGCCGUGGCCAGGACUACCAGCAACAGCAGCAGCAACAACAGCAGCAGCAGUCAUCCUACGACGUCGAUGUAGCCCGCCGAGCCAGCUUCAAUGGCGGAGACGAUGCCGCCUAUCUCCAGCAACCUUCCACCCGCUCAUCCGCCUUCCCUGGUAGCGGUCCUGCCACCGGCGAGGAUGAGCUCUUCCUGGGCGGUGCCCCGGCUGGCCGCUCUAGUUAUGGUUCCACCAACAACAGCGCGCUGGCGGGCUACCAGCAUCAGUAUCAAGAUGCUGGUCCUCCCACCCCAACCUACUCGUACAACCCCCAGAGCUUUGCGCAAACCUCGGGCUUCCCGCGAUCGCAGUCGACCAACACCCUCCCCUACCGCAACAGCCAGCAGCCUCCCACCCGCUUCGCCUCGACUGCCGGCUCCUACACGCCCCAUACCACCUAUGACCCCUCAGCUUAUGCGAACACAAACAGCAGCCUCCAGCGCCAGUCGUCGUAUCAGGGCUUCAAUAACACGUAUGCCCAGGGCUACGCUCCUCAGACCUCGCCUGGCUACGGCCAGUCGCCCAACUCGACAUACGGGAAUGCUUACGCGCAGUCUGCUACAUCUCCGGGCUUGUCACCUGGCUAUGAGCAGCCGCUGCGUAGCCCAUCUCUUAAUUCGUCGACUUCUGGAGCCCAGGCCUCAGGCUAUGACCAGUCAUACAACCAAUAUCCGAGCAGCUUGGCCAACGGAGCCGCGUCUACUCCUUCAUAUUCGGGCUCUUCGCAACCGCCCUAUCCCACCACCACUCAGAUCCCGGUCGGGCCUUAUUAUUCUCCCAUUGAGCACAACUCGCACUACAACCGGCCAUCUCGCUCGAACUCGCAGGCCUCUCCCGUGGGUUCACCUUCGAAUCUCCCGCAGUCCUCGUCCCCAGGCGUACAACGGCACCCGACGAAUGCGCCUCUGCCGAGCCGGCCUUCAGAGGACUCGUCCGGACGAUGGGGUGGUGGCCAGCAGCAAUAUCAAGACGAGCAUGUCAAUGACAACCUGAUGCAGGAGUUGGAGAUGGAAUUGGGCGGCUCUGGCCAGACCUAUCGCCCACUACCUGAGCCCACCAAUGGCCAGUACAACGACGAAGACUUGUCCGGCCAGCACCUUUCUCGCUACGACUCGAAUGCCACAACGAUCCCUAAUAUGGCUAGCCGAACCACCUCGACUCGAACAGGGACCACCGCUUACGAGCCCGAGGAAGACGACGAUGAUGAUGCGUACGGAGAAGCCGGCCUGAUGGCCAUGCGGCAAGCCGAACUCGACGAGCAGCGCUUCAGCUCUGCUUUUGGCUACACUGAUAUGCCAGCCAUGGCGAAUCCAGAACCACCCGUGUCAAGACCCUUGCCCACUCAUCCAGAAGAGCAGGCACAGAGUAGCGACAGCGACUAUGCCGGCAUGGAUCUGGGCGCGAUGGCCGGCGGAUUCGUCGGCGGCAUGGCCUACGGCAACGUUGGAUCGCCGCCCGCCUCCUCGGGCCAGGACGUUGCUGCUCGGCCGCUUCCCACGCCAAACACUGCCAACCGGAAUUUUGAGGCAGAGAUGAACUAUGGUGAUACAGGAGGACUGAAGCCCCCAACAGAGAAGCGAAUGAGCUUUGACGAUGAUGACGAGCGGGUCUCGCUACGUUCUCGCCAGAGCGGAACAGAAUCUCCCAACAGAGACCAAUUGCAAGACCUCUUUUACCACCCAGGAUUGUCAAGCCGACCACUACCAGCGAUCCCUGGUCCCGGAUCUGACAGCAGUUCGCUGCUCUCGGUUCAGACUAACAACCGUCAGCCCUACCAGCACGGGUACUCGCGCAGCGUGGGCUCGCAGCUUGGUCAGGUUGACAACCCCGAAGCAUACUACACUUCUGGCGGCGCAUACAACCCCCAGCCCGAGCGAUCCAUUUCACUGUCCGGACACAGCCACACUCCUCAAGUUCAGCCUCCAGCGCGCUCCAGGACCGAUGCGGCUGCGGAUGAACGGAGGAGAAUAGCCCGACAAAGUCACAUGCCACAGAGCCAAGUAUUCCCGGAGUACGAGACAGCAGACUUUGGUAGUAUUACCCUGCCCAGCGGCCGCAAGAAGAAGUUUGUCCCCUCGAGGCUCAAUGACGCCGACUUCCGAAGGUGCCCCGAGCCGUGGGCGCUCACCUGUCUCGAGGCCUGGAUUCGCGAGAUGGCUGAGGGUGAAGCCGACCUGAGGAGCAAGACGGUUGAGGAAGCCUUGAUCAACCUUUUCACGGGCAAGAUUCCGACCAUGAACGUGGCAGAUGCCGAGGUCCUCAGUAACCACGUAAUAACGCUGAUGCUGGAGCGGGCAGUUCUUGUGCCAGAGGAGGAAUGGGUCAAGUUUGGAAACGGCCAUAUUUCGGGAGUCCUGUGGCAGCUGACAGGCUCUGGAUGCUAUGCGCCCAGAUUGCACAACGAAGAGAUCAGCGGACGCUGUUACUCGUACCACUGCACCCGUUCCUUGAAGAAGGUGGAUCUAGAGGAGCUGCCCGACACCAAGCCGGCCGACGAGUGGCAUAUAUUCUAUGGCCUCAAGAAGGAAGAUUGGGAGUCCAAGCCCAAGAAGGAGGUUGAACGGCAGAACAUCCUCCACGAGAUCGUGACUGGUGAGGAGAACUACAUCAAGCAGCUCGACAUCUUCCGCAGAUACUACCGAGAUCGCCUCCGCGCUAUGCAACCCCCGAUCCUGAAGCCCGAAACGAGAGACAGAUUCUUGUAUGACGUGUUUGGAAAGCUGGAUACCGUCCAAGACAUCAACAAGGAUCAUCUGCUGGCGCAGCUCAAGUACCGACAACAGGAGCAGGGACCCUGGAUCACUGGCUUUAGUGAUCUGUUCCGAGAAUGGAUCCGCAAGGCCAAGGCUAUCUACGUCGAGUAUGCAUCGGCAUAUCCGAAUGCCGUCUACACUGUCCGCAGAGAGGCGGAUCGCAACCUCUACUUUAAGCGAUUCCUGGACGAGAUGCAGAGACACAAGAUUGCGUCCAAGCAGGACUGGACGCACUACCUGAUCGCCCCUAUUCAGCGUCUUCAGCGUUAUAUUCUGCUCCUUGAGAGUGUUGAGCACAAGAUGAAGACAGAGAGCGAGGAGAAGACAAACCUUAUCAAGGCCAUCCAGGAAAUCAAGGUUGUUGCUCACGAGUGUGAUGGCAGGGUUGCCGAGAUGAACAAGAAGGUUCAGAUGACAGAUCUCAACAGGAUGAUUGUCUUCCGACCAGGCUACCACCAUGCCCUGAACCUCGAGGCGCAUAACCACGAGCUGCUGUUCGAGGGUGACCUGCAGAGGAUGGGAUCCAAGGGAGUCAGAUGGGUCGACACCCAUGCACUGCUGUUUGACCACUACCUGAUCCUGGCUAAGACUGUGACACCUAAGGAUGGCAAGGGGGAGAAGAAGUAUGAUGUGAACAAGGAGCCUAUCUCAAUGGCCUUCCUCUUCCUCGAGAGCAGAAACGACGAGCCCGUCCAGAAGCAGAAGGGUAUCACUGCUCCCCUGGGCAGAACCACGGCUGCCACUGCUUCCGGCACCCAGCUGAACAAGGUGGCAACUAAUUCAGGCAGACCUGGCCUGGAGCACGCGGCUACCAGCUCUUCGAUAGGCUCUGGGCUUACACCAACUGGGUCCAACGACAUGGAGGGUAAGAUCCUGUAUCCCUUCAGGAUCAAGCAUCUGGGCCACGAAGUGUACACUCUCUACGCGACCUCAGCCAAGGAUCGAAGCGACUGGUGUGACAAGAUCAUCGAGGCCAAGACAACGUACGCCAAGGGUCAAUUUUCUCAGAACGCCGAACCCUUCCGACUUCGCGUUCUCGCCGAUGCCGCUUUCCACUACGACAACACCUCGAUGUGGGCCAAGACCCCGGUGGUCCCCCAGAUCAAGGGCACACCCCUUGACCGGUCCAUCCAGGAGCUGGAGAGUGUGCUGGGACCGGCUCAAGGUGUUGCCCCUGUCUGCCGUGCUCAGGUCAACUGUGCCACUGGCUUCACUGCCUUUGGCAAGUCUGUGAUUGCCAUUGGAACCGACUAUGGUAUCUUCAUCUCGGAGCCGUCGAAUCCUCGCGGAUGGUUGAGGACUGUCCAAGCAACCCGUGUCACGCAAAUUGCGGUUCUCGAAGAGUUCUCAGUGUGCGUGCUCAUCGCUGAUAAGAACCUCAUUUCUUAUCCCUUGGACGCAGUAGCCCCCGUCAACGAGUUCUCGGCACCUGUUAUCUCCGACAACCCCAGAAGAGCACCACAGAGACUGGCCAAGGAUGUGACAUAUUUUGCCACAGCCAAGAUGAAGGACCGAAUGCUUCUCUUCUACAAGCGCAAGGAGGGCUUGCACACUUCGUUCAAGGUGUUGGAGCCCAUCUUCCAGAAGUCGACCGAGAAGAAGUCCCGACUAUUUGGCGGACGCAGAACUGGCGGAGGAACCACCGAGACCUUCCGCGAGUUUGACGAAUUCUUCUUCCCUACCGAGUGCUAUUCCCUCAGCUUGUUCCAGACAUAUAUCGCCGUGGCGACUGCCAAGGGAGUUGAGAUGCUCACGCUGGAUAAGAAGCAGCCCAUGUCGAUCCCUGAUCUCAAGGAACCGGCCAUCGCCAACAUUGCUGCCCGAAUUCGAGACCAGCGACCUCUGGGAAUGUUCAGACUCAACGAGAACGAGUUCAUCCUGACGUACGAGGACUGUGCCGUGUAUGUGGACAAGCACGGAGAGGUGAGCCGAACACUCAUCAUGGAGUACUCGGGCAAGCGAGGCAAGGCUCGAGGAGCGACAAUGUACGGCUCGUACCUGAUUAUCUUCAACGACGACUACGUCGAGGUGCGAAACGCGGAGAACGGACGAGUACGACAGAUCAUUGCCGGCCGCGGGGUCCGAGUCCUGGACCUCGGAGUUCGUGGGCCCACGGGCCAAAGCACGCUCAACCCGCAGAGCAACGGCUACAUGCAGUCCUCCAGCGGUAGCGAAGGAUCCAAGGGCACUGUCAAGAUCUCCAUGUGCCAUCCGGAGCUUCCGGGCCGACAGAUCAUCCUGGAGAUGCUCCUUAAUGACGGACACACGGAGAAGUAG